CCGUGGGCUCCAGCUUGCUCAGCCUGAUCUCUCAGGUCUUAUCUCCUGUGCAAAUUCUUCAAUUCGCCCUGCCCAGUAGGGAAUCGAGUAUCCCCAGUCUUCUUCUUUUUCCCUCAACUUGUUUCUCCAAUCCUUCUUCUGUUCUAUCCCCCCUAGGGUUUGUAACUGAAGUGGCGCGCUGAGGAGGGGAGUGAAAGGAUUUUUAUUUUCAGGAUUUUCUGAGCCACCGAUUCUGACAUAUCUGUAUUUUAUCUGAAGAAUUCUAUCUCCUUUCUGUGGAAGGUUUGUCGAAGGUUUUCUAUUUUUCAUCAAAAGCUGUUCUAUCAGAAAGUGAUCCCUUGAUUUUAUCUAUUGUCCAUCUGAUUCUAAGAAAAUUACCAUGGGCUGUCUUUGUGACUUUUGUGGGGGGCAAAGACCAAUGGUAUAUUGUAGAUCAGAUGCUGCGUCCUUGUGCUUAGCUUGCGAUCGCAAUGUUCAUUCUGCAAAUGCACUAUCUAGGCGCCACUCUCGAACUCUUUUAUGCGAUAGAUGUUAUUCACAACCAGCGAGUAUUAGAUGUAUUGAAGAGAGCAUUUCACUUUGCCAGAGUUGUGAUUGGAAUGGACAUGGGAACUCCACAUCAUCUUCAGGACAUAAAAGGCAAACAAUUCGCUGCUAUUCAGGUUGUCCAUCCGCGACAGAGCUUGCCAGAAUAUGGCCCUUUGUUCUGGAAUUUCUUCCAGUAGAAGAUUCUAGCUGUGAGCAGGGAAUAAUGGGCUUAUUGAGCAUCAAUGAGAACAGUACCAGUACUCAUUGGGGACCCCCACAACAAAGUAGUACUUCUGAUAUGGCAGAUAUAUGCAGAAUGAAUGAUGUGGAGAAAGUUAAUACAACAAAUGUUCAUAUUGCUUCUUCGUCCAUGGGUACUGCAAUUCCUAUGUUGUGCAAGACUGAUCAACCAGCCGAUUCAAUUGAUUCAACUACACCUAAGUCUAGUGAUGGUAGAACGAAGAAAGUGGCAAAUAGUGAAGAUGAUUUCUAUGAUGGUUUUGCUGUAGAUGAUGAAUUGACUUUUGAGAACUAUGAGGAACUUUUUGGUGCUUCUCAUGCACAUUCAGAGCAUCUUUUUGACGAUGUCGGGAUUGAUAGCAUUUUUGAAAAGAAGGAGAAUUCUGCUGCUAAUUCCAACUGUCAAGGUGAAUUUGUUGCCGAGGCAUCAUCUGCUGUUCAGGUUAAAUCCAUUCAAGUAAAAAGCAGCUAUGAUAUAUCUGUUGAUUCUGUGAUGCCAAACCAAGGGGCAAAAAUAGACUAUAACAUGUCGAUCUCAACGAAGCAAGCUCGUUCCAGCCUAUCCCGAACUUUUUCUAGUUUAACUGGUGAGAGCAGUGCUAGUGACUAUCAAGAUUGUGGGAUGUCAUCAAUGCUUCUUGUGGGUGAACCUCCAUAUCAUCCGACCAGCUCUGAUAUCUCAAUUCAGGCAAUUAACAGGGAUAAUGCUGUUAUGCGUUACAAAGAAAAGAAAAAAGCACGCAUGUUUGAAAAGAAAAUAAGGUAUGCCUCUCGCAAAACUAGGGCAGACUCCAGAAGGCGCGUGAAAGGAAGAUUUGUAAAAGCUGGUGAAGCUUUUGAUUAUGAUCCACUCUCCCAAGCUAGAGCCUGAUAAAUCCACAACUUCGGCUUCGUUUGGGACGGCUUUCUUACGGCUUCUUAAAGAAGCUUUUUAGUACAAAAAUUAAAAAUUUUCUAUUAAAAAGUUGUUUUAAGAAGCAGUAAGAAAGUCAUCCUAAACAAAGCUUUCAUCUUACCAUGGAACAGACAAAAAUAUCCAUUUGGUAGUUUUUUGAUCAUUGAAUCUGGUAGCUUCUUUACACCUUUUCAAUUUGCAAGGAACACCCAAUGAUACUAUUCCCUCUAACGGCUCCUCGUAGGAUCUUCCAGUUGAGGAUAUAAUCAAUCCUUCUUUUCUUAGUAUGUAAUAUCUUUCAGCUAUUUCUGUUCUAUUCUUCUCCUUAUGCCUUGAUAGGCGUCAUAUGUAAAUUUUUGUUUCUUAAAUGUGAAAAUUUUGUAAAUUAUAGCAUCUGUUUUAUGCUAAAAGAUACCAAUUUGUAUGCGUUCAGCACCUGAGAUAACUAUAUUUCUAUAGGGAGGCUUGAAUAAGAACUGUGAAGUUGGUCUUC